AUGAACGGCUGCGUGUUCUUCCUGCGCACUGCAGUGGCCGCGCGCGCUUGCCAGCCUCUGGUGGCUUUCGGCGCGAGUCGGCGGGCUUUGCGCACUAGUCCACCGAUACAAGCUUUCGCCAAAGAGCUUUUCCUGGGCAAUAUCGAGACGAAAGAAGUUUUCCCAUUUCCGGAAGUUAAGCAAGAUGAGCUUAAUGAAAUCAAUCAGUUCAUAGGACCCGUGGAAAAAUUCUUCACUGAAGAAGUGGACUCUCGAAAAAUUGACCAGGAGGGAAAAAUCCCAGACGAAACUUUGCAGAAAUUGAAGAGCUUGGGACUUUUUGGGCUGCAGGUCCCAGAAGAAUAUGGUGGCCUGGGCCUCUCCAAUACCAUGUACGCGCGGCUAGGGGAGAUCAUUGGCUUGGAUGGAUCCAUCGCCGUGACCUUGGCAGCACACCAGGCUAUCGGCCUCAAGGGAAUCAUCUUGGCCGGCACUGAAGAGCAGAAAGCCAAGUACUUACCCAGACUGGCAUCCGGGGAGCACAUUGCAGCCUUCUGCCUCACGGAGCCCGCCAGUGGGAGUGAUGCAGCUUCCAUCCGGAGCAGAGCCACGUUAAGUGAAGAUAAGAAGCACUAUGUCCUCAAUGGCUCCAAGGUCUGGAUCACCAAUGGAGGGCUGGCCAAUAUUUUUACUGUGUUUGCAAAGACUGAAGUUGCUGAUUCUGAUGGUGCAGUAAAAGACAAAAUCACAGCAUUCAUAGUAGAAAGAGACUUUGGUGGAGUCAUUAGUGGGAAAGCUGAAGAUAAAUUAGGCAUUCGGGGUUCCAAUACCUGUGAAGUCCAUUUUGAAAACACCAAGGUGCCAGUAGAAAAUGUUCUUGGAGAAGUUGGAGGUGGGUUUAAGGUGGCCAUGAACAUCCUCAACAGUGGGCGGUUCAGCAUGGGCAGUGCCGUGGCCGGGAUGCUCAAGAAACUGAUUGAAUUGACUGCUGAAUAUGCCUGUACGAGGAAACAAUUCAACAAGAAUCUCAGUGAAUUUGGGUUAAUUCAGGAGAAAUUUGCGCUGAUGGCUCAGAAGGCUUACGUAAUGGAAAGCAUGGCCUACCUCACCGCAGGGAUGCUGGACCAACCGGGGUUUCCUGACUGCUCCAUUGAGGCAGCCAUGGUGAAGGUGUUCAGCUCUGAGGCGGCUUGGCAGUGCGUGAGUGAGGCGCUGCAGAUCCUUGGGGGCUCAGGCUACAUGAGAGACUACCCGUACGAGCGCAUCCUGCGUGACAGCCGCAUCCUCCUCAUCUUCGAGGGAACCAACGAGAUUCUCCGGAUGUACAUCGCCCUGACAGGUCUGCAGCACGCUGGCCGCAUCCUGACCGCAAGAAUCAAUGAGCUUAAACAGGGCCGUGUGGUCACAGUCAUGGAGACCAUUGGCAGGAGGCUUCGUGACUCCUUCAGCCGCACGGUGGACCUGGGGCUGACAGGUGAAAUUGGACUUGUACACCCCAGCCUUGCGGACAGUGCCAACAAGCUCGAGGAGAACGUGUAUUACUUUGGCCGGACCAUCGAGACCCUGAUGCUGCGCUUUGGCAAGACCAUUGUGGAGGAGCAGCUGGUGAUGAAGCGGGUGGCCAACAUCCUCAUCAACCUGUAUGGCAUGACGGCUGUGCUGUCACGGGCCAGCCGCUCCAUCCGCAUUGGGCUUCGAAACCACGACCAUGAGGUUCUGUUGGCUAACUACUUCUGUGUGGAAGCUUAUUUCCAGAAUCUCUUCAGCCUGUGUCAAUUGGACAAGUAUGCUCCAGAAAACCUAGAUGAGCAGAUUAAGAAAGUGUCCCGGCAGGUUCUUGAGAAGCGAACCUAUAUCUGUGCCCACCCUCUGGACAGGACCUCCUGAGGCUGGGCACGGACUGCACUGGACAGCUCUCCCUCUUCUCUUGGAAGGUGGAUAACUCGAGUUUAUCACAAACUGAGCUGUUUGUUCCCAGUCUACACCAGAUAGGCCUCCUCCUGGCUGGAGGAGCCUCUUCCAAGUUUCAGUCUUCAGGCACUACUGCCCAGCAGGAUCCUGGCUUCUGGACUGAGAUGGGGAGAGGGGGAAUGGAAUGGAGGGUCUUUUGACAGUUUAGAAGACAUGGGGCUGGUGCUUCUGCCUCCUUGGUGCAGGGCUGAUGGGUACCUUUCCAGGCAUGAGUAGCCACACGUUCUCUGAGAAACAGCUUGAAAACUGUGUACGUGUCAUUCUUUUAAACUAGAAACAGGCUUAAAACAUGUAGCAAGAACACUUAACAAAGAAUAUAAAUUGCCACAAUUUGUGUGUUCCCUUCUAGCCAUUGCUAUACUAGUCACACCAUUACUCAGAACUAGGAUCAUGACAGCAUUACCCUGAAAACUACCCUUUGCUGAUGGCUUUGGGUUUCCUUUUGUCCUCACCCUGUGAGAAGAGGGCCCAGAACACUAAAGAGCCAGGUGCACAGUCCAGGCCACAGUGCCCUAGGGUUCUGAGCCCUCACCGUUGAUCCUUCUCAGGACACGGGAGCUGUAGCCUGGUUUAUAAUAGCAUAUGAUUAUUCCCACCUGGGGCUUUUUGUUUGUUUGCAUGAG